AGGGGACAUUAACCUAAAAUUUACAUAUUUCUCAAUAUGUUUCUACCGACAGCAUCCUGUUUUUUUUUUACAUUCAGACAGCGUUUCAAAAAAAAAAAAACAGACAACGAUGGACCUAAAGGCGGAUUAACCGAUUCGUCUCUGCUUCGUUUCCAGCUCGCGCUUUCAAAUUCCGAUAGCUGUAAUUUUAUGGAAUCGAUAUAAGAGAAGCCGAUCCGCAACACUGGAACUCAGAUCUUGGUUUACCAAUACGUUUUAGAACAUAUAAGAUGAUGGAGAGAGGUCCAACAGAAGAAGUGCCUUUAAUUUAAAUGGGAUAUACGAAGUUCUGUUAUCCAGGAAGUGUAAUACAACAAAAUCGACAUAAGAUAAGUUUAUCUGCUAAACAAAAUAAGUUUGCUUCCUUCGACUAAUUUGAAGUUUUAUUUGUUCGCGAAUCACAGGAAACCUCCAAUUUUUAAUUUUGUACGGCAAACUGAAACACCUAAAGAUCAUUGGAUACAUGGGUAAUACAUUAUGUCUUAAACAUAUAUUUUCAUUUUACAUUAGAAUCAGUAAUAUAUUUCGAUAAAUCGUUUGUUUCUUUCACUGGUUAUUGACUUGCUUAUUGUUUAAACAUAUAUGUGAGGUUUGUCAACGGGAGUAUUGAAAAAGUUCAAGGAAUACAACUGAGAUUUGCGGACAAAGGUCGCAGAAUAAACAAAGGAGAUUUGUGGACAAAAACCUGUUGAGAUGAGGCAUGCAAAUAAGAUAGCUUAGUACUUAAACAGUAGCCCAUACUGGUGGAAGCAACAUAUGGAGUUUGUGAAAGUUUGCCAAAAGUGGAAGAAGAUAUAGGUGGCGUAAGAACCCCUGGUGAGACAACUCUACCACUUUGAGGUUUCUUGGUGAGAUCCUUCGAUAUCCUGCCAAAAAUUAACUUUAAAGGUACAUAAUUAUUAUGCGAGAUGUAUAACUACAACGAUAAUAAACUAUAUAAUUACCAUUCACUCGAGGUACACAUUUAGUAUGCGAGAUAUAUAGCGAGAAAGCCAAUAUGAGUACAAUUACCAUUCAGUCGAGGACGGGACUUUGAAGUAGAGGUGUUAUCCUGAAUGUCAACAAUGUCAUCCACUGAUCGCUUAGGAGUUGUCAUCCGGCUAGAACUCUCAUCACUGUGUGGAGAACUUUGGCUUCAAUAAACCAAGAAGUCUUCCAUGGACGAAUCUCAUCAAGUUUUGAUAUGGCGGAAAUAUAUUUAUAUAUAUGAGGAAAAAAGAGAGAUGCCUGAUGAUUGACAAUACACAGGAAACAUAAGGUUGAGAAGGGAAAAGAAGGCGUCGAUGGAGGAAGUCCGUCGGUCGGUUCGGUUUACCGGAGUAUCUACGCCAAAGACGGUUUUCCUGAACCGGCCGAUGAUCUCCUCAGUUGCUGGGAUAUUUUCCGCUUAUCUGCAGAGAAAUCUCCAGAUAAUCCCAUGCUUGGCCGUAGAGAAAUUGCUGAUGGAAAAGCUGGUAAAUAUGUAUGGCAAACUUACAAAGAAGUAUAUGAUAUAGUGAUCAAGCUUGGAAACUCUAUCCGGACUAUUGGAGUUGGAAAAGGAGAGAAAUGUGGUAUUUAUGGCGCCAACAGCCCUGAAUGGAUUAUAAGCAUGGAGGCUUGCAACGCUCAUGGACUCUACUGUGUACCUCUGUAUGACACUCUUGGUGCUGGAGCAAUAGAAUUCAUCAUUUGUCAUGCUGAGGUUUCGCUUGCUUUUUCUGAGGAGAAAAAGAUUUCUGAGUUAUUGAAGACAGCUCCAAAUUCAACUACAUAUUUGAAGAAUAUUGUGAGCUUUGGGGAGGUUUCAAAUGUGCAGAGAGUAGAAGCUGAGAGGCACGGGUUAUCGAUAUACUCAUGGGACCAAUUUUUGAAGCUAGGUGAAGGUAAACAUUUUGAGUUACCGGAGAAAAAAAGAAGCGAUAUUUGCACCAUAAUGUAUACAAGUGGCACAACUGGUGAUCCUAAAGGAGUCUUGCUCACAAAUGAGAGCAUUAUUUAUCUACUUGAAGGUGUUAAAAAGUUGCUUAAAACUAUCAAUGAAGAGUUAACCAGUAAAGAUGUUUACCUCUCAUAUCUACCUCUGGCUCAUAUCUUCGAUCGCGUGAUUGAGGAAUUGUUUAUAUAUGAAGCAGCCUCCAUAGGAUUUUGGAGAGGGGAUGUUAAGAUUUUAGUUGAAGACAUUGCUGCUUUGAAACCGACUAUUUUCUGCGCUGUUCCUCGUGUGCUAGAGAGGAUAUACAACGGUCUUCAGCAGAAACUUUCUGAUGGUGGUUUCUUAAAGAAGACCUUAUUUAACUUCGCCUUCAACCACAAACAUAGUAACAUGGUGAAAGGAAAGCCUCAUGAACAAGCAGCUCCACUCUUUGACAAAAUUGUAUUUAAAAAGGUAAAAGAAGGUUUAGGAGGAAGAGUGCGUCUAAUACUCUCAGGAGCAGCUCCUCUUGCAGCUCACAUCGAAUCUUUCCUUCGAGUUGUCGCAUGUGCUCAUGUUCUUCAAGGAUACGGUCUAACGGAGAGUUGUGGUGGGACAUUUGUGUCGAUACCAAAUGAGCUUCAAAUGCUUGGAACGGUUGGUCCACCGGUUCCAAACGUUGACAUAAGGCUCGAGUCAGUUCCAGAGAUGGGUUACGACGCUCUUGCUAGCAAGCCACGUGGAGAGAUUUGCAUAAGAGGAAAGACUUUGUUCUCUGGAUAUUACAAACGUGAGGAUCUCACUCAAGAAGUCUUCAUUGAUGGAUGGCUUCACACUGGUGAUGUCGGUGAGUGGCAACCUGAUGGAGCCAUGAAAAUCAUCGACAGAAAGAAGAACAUCUUUAAACUCUCACAAGGAGAAUACGUUGCGGUUGAGAACUUGGAGAACAUUUACAGCCACGUAGCCGCCAUUGAAUCGAUAUGGGUAUAUGGAAACAGCUAUGAGUCUUACUUAGUGGCGGUGGUAUGUCCAAGCAAGAUACAGAUCGAACAUUGGGCUAAAGAACACAACGUUUCAGGAGACUUUGAGACUAUCUGUCAAAACCAAAAGACCAAAGAGUUUAUCCUUGGAGAGUUCAAUAGAGUAGCCAAAGACAAAAAGCUGAAGGGAUUUGAGCUGAUAAAAGGUGUUCACUUGGACACAGUUCCAUUCGACAUGGAAAGAGAUCUCAUCACACCUUCUUACAAGAAGAAAAGGCCUCAGCUUCUCAAGUACUAUCAGAAAGAGAUUGAUGAAAUGUAUAACAAGGCAAACAAGUGAAGCUUUUAUACUACUAUGGAGCCAGUGUGAAAAGGAAUUUGUUGGGCAAGUCUCCGGUUAUAUAUUUCUAUUUGUUAUAUGUCUUGUGUUGUGUUACAAACUUAUGCUUGUAUCCUAAGAACAAAAAAUAUAACAUAAGGCUGUUUUGUGCUUGUAAACAAAGAUGUAUCUUUAUAUAAUUAUGUGCAUUUGUAUUUUAUGUUGUGAUAAAAUUCUCUGUCUUUUUUAGUAGA